CACACUCUUAUCAGACAGAACGUAGGAUUGUAUACAGAGACAUACAGCUUUCCAAAACAAAUUGUCUGGCCAAUUUCUCUAAUGUACAAUCCCUGAUGUCUCACUUCAACUCAUUGGGUGGUGAAGGAAUGUAUUCCCUGGCUGCUCAGAGCAAUCAAUUCAGGGGUGCCGGGAAUAAUGACCAGAAUCCUGUGUUGUUCCCUAGGCCGGUGAAACUCAAACCUGUGGACUUGAAUAAAGGCGCAGACUCCAAGCCUUUUCCUAAACCGCUUAUGGUCAAACCGAACUUUACGGUUAACUCAAUUGAGAAUAGAUUCAAUCCUACAUUUUCUAAUAACAAGACCAGUAGUGACUCAAGAAGUGAUGCUGUUGGAGUGAAGCUGCCCUUUAAAGGGAAACUGGAGAAUGCGUCUACACAAGCCCCCUUUGAAGCUGGAUCUCAGACUCCCCCCAAACCGCCUGUUACUCAGAAACCUGUUCUUCAUGAAAAGAUCAGUACAGUAUCGGGAACUGAUACUGGGGAUUUGUCAGUACCGAAAAAGAAGACUCUUCCCAGCGUGUUUGCUUUAGGAAAGUGUCCUGCCAAACCACAGAGACCGCCACAUGUUAACCUCAGCAAGUUCAGUGAGAACGUAUCCAACACCAGCAACCCUGAGGAGGAUUUCUCCCUCCCUCCUCCACCGCCUCCUGAACGCCUGUCAAUCACAUCUGAGAUGCCACCUCCUCUACCAGACUUAAGAUUUCCACCUGCUCCCCCUCCAGUGGAUGAGGAUUAUUAUGAUGAUACGGACGUCAUAAACCGGACGGAGACUUCACUAGAUAAAAGCAGCAAUGAUGCUGAGGAGUCGGGUGAAGAAAUGUACGAAGAUCUUGAGCACAACUGGCCAGAAAACAACAAAGAAGAACCGAAAGAAGAAAAGACGACAAAAGAAUCAAAAGAACUCAAGAAGAAACUCGAAAAAGAAGAGAAGAAACGCUUGGAGCAGGAGAAGAAAGAGAAGAAAGAGCGAGACAAAAGGGAGCAGGAGGCCAGGAAGAAGUUUAAAAUCAAGGGUCCGAUUGUGGUGAAUGAAACGGUGAAGGCCAGUGUGGAUCACAAGGGUGGAAAGAACAAACUUCCACUGAAGCAGGGAGAGAGCAUAGAAAUUGUGCGCAAAACAGAAAACCCAAAGGGCUACUGGCUUGCCAGAAACACCGAAGGGCACUAUGGUUUUGUGAAGCCUGACACUCUAGAUGUGGUGAGAAACACACAGGAUGGACAGGAGGUGUAUGAUGAUGUGGGCGCAGGUGAUGACUUCAAUAAUCUUCCAGAUGCAGCUGAAUGUGAUGCUGAUAUUUAUGAUUGUCCAGAUGAUACACAAAAUGAUUUCAGUUUUCUACCUCCACCCCCUCCAGACCCCACUCCAUUUAAUGAUGCAGGUGUCACUGAUGAGACGUAUGAUGAUAUUAUUCCAGCAGACUUCCCUCCUCCUCCUCCAUCUCCUAACAGCUUUCCAAAGUUCAGUUCAACGAGUAAGACGGAUGAGAUGGACCCAAAGAAAAAGAAAAAGUUUGAGAAGGAGGAGAAAGAGUUUAGGAAGAAGUUUAAAUAUAAUGCAGAAAUCAAAGUGCUGUAUAAAGCUACUGUUCUCCAAUCACUGUCUAUAAAGAAGUUUGGUAAUAAAGACUUGCCAGUCAAACCUGGAGAAACCAUUGAUGUGAUAGUUCUUCCAGUAGAUGACAAAAUCAUCGCCCGGAACAGCGAAGGGAAAUUUGGCUAUGUGUCUACUGCUAAUUUGCAGGAAGACGGCUGUAUUUAUGAUGAUGUUGGUGACGACUGUAUCUACGACAACGACUAAGCUUGGAUAAACUCAUCUUGUGUGUUUUUAUCGUCUUUCAAUAUCUUAUUUGUCUUUAAUUUUUUCACCAAAAAGCUGUGUAUUGUCAUUGUUUGAGAAUGAUAUAUAGUGAAUAUUAUACAUUGUACAUAUAAAGUCACUUUUUAAAGUCACCUUGUUUGUUUUCUUCAUGUUUAAAUUCUCUCUCUCACUCUCUCUCUCUCUCUCUCUCUCUCUCUAUAUAUAUAUAUAUACAUAUGUAUAUGGGUCAAUGACAUGCUGCCUAAAUUUUCUGUUUAGUUUAAAUGUGUAAAAAAAGAUGCCAUAUAUAUGAAGUACCUCUCCCGUGUAUGUACUCAUUUUAGUUAUUUGUAAUUUUUCUGUUAUUCAAAGUGUCAAAAUAUGAUGUGGUGCAACCGUCCGACCAUAACUUCUGCUUUGGAAACAUCUUUGAAAUGAUCCCAGAUUUAUUCAGAUUAAUUUUCUGCACUAUUUGGCAUGAUUUCCAAAGUGUUUUGUAAUGCUGUAUAAAAUUGCAAAGCAUUUUAAUUUAUAUUCCAUCAUAAUAUCCAAACAAACUUUGUCCGAUGAUGUCCAUUUUAUGAAAUAUCAUGUGGUUCGACUAUCAAGAAACUACCAUUGCAUCAUAUAGGACAUUGCAUCAUAUACCAAUUUGCCAAGGACCCAUGGAAGCAUCAAGCAGAUUUGUAACUCUCUUUCAAAUUUGAAAAAAAAAAACAUAACCUUUUUAACAGCUGGUAUAUAGAUACCACAUUUGGAUGUCAUGUGGUAUGACCUCAAAAAAACAAUGAAUAUUAACAAUAAAGUUAUUUCUACAAGUAUUUAUUUUUAUUAUAUACUUCAUAGUGACUUUUUGUGGAAAGCUAGCUUGUUUUGUU